UUCAAAUUAGUUACAUUUUGUUCAGGUAUAUAACAACGAAAGAUGAAAAUCGCUAAUGACGUGAAUACUUAGAAACAGUACAACAGUGGGUGUAUUUGUUUUCAUAUUGAUAAUCAAAAAAUAAAAUCACAUCCCAGAGGAACUAAUGAUUGUGCAGUAUUAAAUAACGAUGAUGCAGACAACAUCAGAGGGUUGUUUGAAUAUUGCUGAAUUAGCAAAUCAACUGCGAAGAGAAAAGAUAUUUAUUAAUUCGGAACGGCAGCUGUUGCAAAGUCUUAAUGAGGAAGUGGAAAAGAAAGCUUUGGAACUACUCCAAACUUCAUGGAUAUGUUCCCAGCAGCGUCAGAACUUGAUAAAUCUCAUAACUUCGAGAUUCGAAAACGAGUCAAUAGCUGCUUGUCAAAGAGCCAGUUUUCUUGAGAGAACUACAUUUAUUGAUGUCUACAAAGUUUUGAAAUACAAGGAGGCGAAUGCCCUAGGCGAGUUACUAGGAUGGUUACGGGACUCUCCUCACUUAGUGGCGUUAUGUCUGUUGCUGGGCGAGGACCACAUCCCGCCCAACAUGCCCGCGUCGCUGGUUGCGGGCUUGUACGGCAGCUGUCGCUCCACCGCCGACAGGAGCCGUCUCCUGGCUGUCAUUCGCUCUCUGAUCAAACAUCAGAUGGCGCCGUGUCCCGAUCCUCGCAAGUUAUUCCGUACGGGUAAGUGUGCAUUGGCAAUGCUGUACGCGGUGUUCCGCGACGGUCACACGCCGGCGCGACAGUUCCUCACGGCUGCGUUACACGAGCCCGUCAUGAUGGCGCUCCAGGAAGACGAGUUCUUUCUCGACAUUGAUCCCGAUAAGGCCAUGGAAAGAUUCUCAACAACGGACCGCCUAAAAAAGUUCGGACUACCAAACAGCGCUGAAUACACUGUGAAGCUGGCUCGCUACCGCAAGUGGACAGUGCAGUCGCUGUACAAUCUGGCUAGCAAGUUCAUUCAGUCGAUGCGUGAUCACUGGUCGAGCUUCCCUGCCAGUAUAGCCUGGAUUGUGCAACAGAUUGUGCAUUUACUAAAUCAACAUUCCAGAACGAACGAACAGGAGCUCCAUGCAAUCUGCACGGACCUGGUGCUGACCCACUACAUCUGCCCGGCGAUCGUGAACCCCGAGACCCACGGACUGGUGGAGGUGCCGGUGUCGUACAUCGCACGAUUCAACCUCAUGCAGAUCGCACAGAUCUUGCAGAUGCUCUGCCUCUCCAGAUAUCAGGAGGUGGACUCCAAGGUGCGAGACUUGUACUCGAAGUUCGACCGGUCGUGCGUGUGGACUUUGAUCGAGGCGGUGUGCUCAGAGGCGCUGUCGCCGGCGGCCGCGGGUGCUGCGCCCCCCUGCGGGGCGGAGCCCGGUGCCGCGGCCGGAGGUCUGCGCACUGACGCCGCUCUCCGCACAGAUGCCGCUCUCUAUACUGCGCACGAUGCACACGCUCUCAUAACAUUCCUGAAGCGCAUAUCAUCAAAGUUGAACAACAAUACUCCGUCGCUAAUGUCUGAACAGCAGCCGAACAACUCUGCACUGGUCCCCGAAGCAGCCGCUCAUAGCGAGUCGUACUGUGCGGGCGGCGAGGCGUGCGUGUCGCGGCUGGCGGCGCUGCUGCAGACGCUGGAGCCCAACUACCGCAGCCGCCUGCACGACCUGCUGCGGAAGAUGCCCGACCUCGAACACUACAGACAAACCUCUCCGUCAGAGAACAAAGAGAAUGCUAUAGAGAAUAGCCAGAAUGGUCAUAACAGCAAACGGGGUAUAUUGGCCAAAGUGAGCAAGCCUCGGCUGCCUCGCAGCACCAGCUCCAGCUCCACUGUCUCACAAACUAGUGAGGACAGGCCGGUGAAUGGCAGCGUGGACAGAGACGAUGGAGUUCUCGAUCACAAUGAAGUGCUAGUUAUAAAGCUGACCACUGUCCAAGAACAUGAUUAUGUUGGUCUGGUGCCCGAGUCUAAAGUACUGGAGUGUUACUACGGCGGCGCGGACGCGGCGGACGGCGGCGACGACCACGCGCCCGGACACACGCCCGUACAGAAGCGCACCAGGUUUUCGGUAUCACACGACGAGGUAUCACUAGGCAACACGUCAGACAACCUGGAGGCGGUGUCUGAGGCAGCGUCCAAUCACAGUGUCACCUCCAGCCUAGAGCUAGAGACGGAGGAUCAGAAUGACAACCUGUCUGAUAUGGUAUCAGCGAACGUGAGCGGGCGCGGCAGCCCUAACAUAUCUGGGCGGGAAACACCAUCCUCGCAAGUCACCGAUGGCGAUGGGCCGCCGCGACGGCUUCCUCAAAAUGUACCUGUCAGCCAAACGAGCAGCGCCCAAGCUAAACUCAUGAAGCAAACCAGAAAUGACAUUGAUGACAAAUUCUGCAAGUUUGAAAUCAAGAAGCUGCUGGAGGGCGACGAAACGAUAAGCAUAAUGUCGGACACGUGGAGCACGGACGUGCUGGCCUCCGACUCGGAGACCAUCGGCGACACCUGCGACAACACGCAACUCGCAGCCAACCAAGGCGCGAAUACUAGCAGCACGAACGCGCCCGAUGUGUCGGAGACGGCCAGCGAGUCGGCGUGGAGCGUGGACGUGCUCGCCUCCGACAGUGACCGGAAUACGGAGGUGGACACGGACGACUGCGUGUCGGUGGCGGCGCGGUCGGACAGCUCGUGGCCGCGCCGCGCCUCGCACCCCGACGGGGCGCUGCACCACGCCAGGCCGCCGCAGAACGGCGGCGUGAAGAGGCCGGAGGUAAACAUGAGUCCGCGACACACGUCCAGACCCAGCCUACCAAACAGAAGUGGUGGCUACCUGUCGGCGACGGCCGCGUUGUCGCGUGGCGGCGAACUCGACCUUGCGUCUCAGCCGCCGCUCGCGCUCCACAAUCACUACGCCAUAGAGAACAGAAAGAGCAUACUGGUCAACGGAUAUCCGGUAAUGACUUGCUACGCGUCCGCACCGCAGAGCCCCAGCCUGCCUCCGCACGUGUUCGACUACGUACCUUCCGACAGCAAUAGCGCUCAAACGGAGUCUACUCUCGACGGCGCCAAUAACAGCCAGUCGGACGCUACCAGCCAGUGGGUCGACGACAGCUUCCCUGAGCCCCACCACUCGCCCGACAGACCCUACCCCUCCACCUCCAAGUAUGACCUGCCCUCUACCUCGAAACCUUACGACGACAACGACAACAACGACCUCAUGGACCGCUCGCUGAACUCCAGCGAGAGCUCCUUCAACGCGCUCUCCGUGUCGCAAUAUGACAGGCGAUACGACGGCGAAGAGCAACCGGAGUCGCGAUCGGCUAUAACCGAUCUCAUGACUCGUAUGAGUUCCGCCACGAUCUCGACAUCCGCGAACUUGGUGAACAAUCUGACAGCGCGCAUAGUUAAAUCGGAACGCACUAAUAAUUCCCACGAGAUUCGAACGAGCAUCGUGAGUAUUAGUUCGUCGAGGAUCGAGAAGAAAAGAGACGGCACUAGCAACAUGUCGUUGAGCACGCUCUCCGUGAAUAGUGCGGAGACGUCAGUGUCGGAUAAGAGUUCUAGUCAGGAUGUGAACUCGGAGAACGUGACGGAGAGGCGAGUGAGCCCGCCGCCGGUGAAGACGGCGUCCACCGGCGCUAUACCCAAGAGUAUCAGCUUCGAUGCCACAGCGGAAAAGUCGCAGAGGAGGCGGAUCGUCACUGAUGAAGGUAUAGUGAGCAACUUGGAUGAAUUAAAGAACAAUGUGAAGCGCUCGGGCGGCAACUUGCUGCACAAAUUCAAGAUGUUCCGACAUCGAGGACGCAACCACCACAACCACAACGGUGAACCACAGAUUAAGGUCCCGGAAGAGGAGUCCCGCAGCGACGAGGGGUGUGCGGAAAGUUCUGAGGAGAUCCUCGCCAAGUACCGCCGCAAGUCCUCCGCAGACAGCUCGCAGCAGCGCCGCGUGCAGCCGCGCAACUCGCACCCCAACGACGCAGCCGCCGACAGGUGUGAAGGCGUGAUAGAUCUGAAUGACCCGGAGGUGUUUGACAGCAUGAAGCGCAGAUUACGUGUGGUGCUUUCGAACCCAGACCUUCAUUGUGUUGAAUAUGUGCCCAAUCGGUGUACGAGCACGUCGCUCGUAGAGUGGGUCCGCGCGGCAGCAGCGUGCGGUGAAGGAGGUGAAGCGGGGGCGGCGCACGCGGCUGCGUUGGCACGUGCGCUGGGUCCGGGGCCCGUGGGCGGCGCGGGCGGUGCGGGGGGCGCGGCGGGCGGCGCGGGGGGCGCGGGCGCCCGCCUGGCCGCCGCGCUGCGGGCCGACCUCGCCGCGCGCCGCCCCUACGCCGCGUACCUGGCCAGCUGCCGCGCCGCACUCGUGCACGCACGGCACUCGUUGCGAGCACAAACCAACCAGGUGCGCGCAGAGUGGUCGUGGUGCGCGCGGGCGGCGGCCGCGGCACGAACCUCCGACCUGCUGGAGCGGGGGCCCGCGCUACGACGACUCGCGCGACCCAACCACGCGCACGCAGACCUCGCACACGCAUACGGUGGUGAGCUAAUGGAUGAGAAAGCUACAAGACUGACGGCCAGUAUAAAGGCAAUCACAGCGGAGUUAAAAGCCGACCCCUCAUGGGAAGGCGCGAGCGGUCCGCUGCUGGAGACUCUGGAGCUGACGGUGGAGCGCGCCGUGUUCGCGCGCCUCUACCUCCACGUCAUGUUCCCCAACGGCGACGGCGACAUCGCACGCGACCAGGUGCUGAGCGAGCACGUGCGGCGCGUGUCGGGCGCCACGAGCGCCGCACGCGCCGGCGUCGCGCCGCGCCACCUGUGGGCCGCGCCCUACCUGCGCGCGCAGCUGCACCUGCGGCACCUGGCCGCGUACCGCGCGCCCCGCGACAAGCUGGCGUGCAUAAUGCGGUGUAUGACGUCGAUCAUGGCGGUGCUCGGGCUGACUGAAGGCAGCGCGCCCUCCGCGGACGAUCUCACGCCCGUCCUCGUCUACGUCAUACUCAAGGUGAACCCGCCGUCGCUGCUGUCGACCAUCGAGCUGGUGAACGCGCUGGGCGGCGCGGCGCUGCAGGGCGAGGCGCUGUACUGGUGGACGCAGUUCUGCGCAGCCGUCGCCUACAUCAAGACCAUGGACUACCCGCGCCCGGACGCACAAGACACCUAGCGCAUACAUACACGCCUGAUGUCAGCGCGUGUCAACGAAUUCAAAUUGGUCAAUAAUCGGCAAACCGCACCGUCUCGUGGGCGAUGCUACUCUAUUUAAAUGAAAUGAUUCAUCAGACCAGUAAUGUAGUUAUGUAGAAACUUCGUCAAUCAUGUAUUAGUUUGCGGUGAUCAAUACGGUAUUUAAAAAAGGAACUGGUAUUUCAUUCUAUUCAGCACUUACCUUAUU